AUGGCGUCCCAAUUCUUCCUAAAGACGUCACAAGACAUUGAGCUGUUCCAGGGGUAUCCUGAUUUCACACAGUCUGCAUCUAACUCUAGUGAAGGUGGUGUCAUAUCUUCAAUAUUAUCGCCAUGCGGUAGAUUUUUGGCUCUAUCAACAAAAGAUUACGUGAAAAUUUUCACCGGUGGAAUUUUAGAAAUAUUACUUUUGGAGCUGCCUUUGUCCAACACCUACAACUUGCAAUUUUCGCCUGCCGGAAACUACUUAAGUACAUGGGAGAGACCAUCUGUGGACGAUUCAGCUCAUCAAAACGUAAAAGUUUGGUAUCUAAAUAGAGACUUCAGUGAUAGCGAUAAAAACGUGGAACCUGCAUUUCAGUAUCAGGCAAAAAGUCAAAGCGGAUGGGCUCUACAGUUCUCUAAACUAGAUAACUAUGCUGUCAAACAGUUCAGUAAAGAAUUAAGGAUUGUGAAAUUGGAACAAACUGUGGAAAGUGGAAAACAAUUUGAUUUUGAUCAUCCGUACUCAACUCUAUCACAAUCCCAAGAAUCUGAGAAUCAAAUUUUCUCUACAUUCUUGAUUUCACCAGCUGAACAUCCUACUAUCUGCACGUUUACACCGGAAAAGAGCGGCAAACCAGCCCACUUGACCAUCUGGCCAUUGCUUGAGGGUAAAAUAACUAAGAAGAUAGUUACGAAAACAUUCUUCAAGGCUGAUUCGUGUCAAUUAAAAUGGAAUGAUCAGGGCAAUGCCAUUUUAUGUGUCGCCACUACGGAUUUUGACUCAUCCAACAAGUCAUAUUACGGUGAAAAUACGCUGUAUUUGUUAACCUUCCAAGGUGUGAACGGUGCACUGGGUGGCAACUCCGUUCGUGUGCCUCUUUCAAAAGAGGGGCCAAUCCACGAUUUCACCUGGUCGCCAACUUCCAGACAAUUUGGUGUUAUUUAUGGAUUCAUGCCUGCCAGUAUUACCUUUUUCGAUCUAAGGGGAAAUAUUGUUCAUUCUUUGCAAGAGCAACCAAAGAAUACCAUGCUCUUUUCCCCUACUGGUAGAUAUAUUUUGAUUGCUGGAUUCGGGAACUUGCAGGGAUCUGUGGAAAUUCUCGAUCGUCACGAUAAAUUUAAAUGCAUCUCAAAAUUUGACGCUGCAAAUACUUCCGUUUGUAAAUGGUCACCUGGUGGAGAAUUUAUAAUGACUGCAACUACAUCUCCUCGUCUGAGAGUAGAUAACGGUAUCAAAAUAUUACAUGUAACAGGUAAACUGGUUUUCGUCAAAGAGUUCAAAGAGCUCUUGAAAGUCGAUUGGAGACUGCCAUGCAAAUUCAAAACAAGUGCAAGCACGCAUAUUAUUAGAGGGUUUCAAGAAAUUUCAGAAACUAACAUUUUGGCAGAUCCAAAGAUAUCUGGUAGUUCCCAAUUAAUGAUACAUCCAUCAGUCGCUGAAUAUGAAUCCAAGCAUCCAAAGAGAAGUAGUAACAAUGGAAACGGCACACAGAGUAAGCCGGUUGGAGCUUACAGACCGCCACAUGCUAGAAAGGCAGGUAUUGCUAGAUCUGUCCCUGGUAUCCCAAUUGUAAACGCCAAACCUCAGCAGAAGACUAUACCCGGUUUGGUACCUGGAAUGUCGCCUCCAAAGAGCUCCUCUAAGUCUGCCACUAAGAAUAAGAAAAGAUCAAACAAGAAGAAAAGCGAUCAGGAAGAAAAUGGUGAUGAUACCGGUUCAAAAAAAUCAAGUCCUGCUCCACCUCAAUCACCAAAUGAUGACCAACAGUCCGUCAAAGAGACUUCUUCACCGGAGGAGAAAAAAAUCAGAUCUUUGUUGAAAAAAUUAAGAGCGAUUGAAGUUCUUAAGCAAAGACAAUCCAAUGGCGAUAAGCUGGAGGAUACUCAAGUUCUGAAAAUACAAACGGAAGAAAAAGUUCUCAAUGAGUUAAAAUUCAUGGGUUGGGAGGGUGACAUUCAAGAUAAAUAG